AUGACCUCGUCGCUAUCUGCCACUCUGGAAGAGAUGGAUCCUGAGGCUGAUCAUAAAGACCCUAAUAUUAUUCGCAAAUCAUCAUAUACAGCAUUGAGACUUUACAAUGAAGUGCCUUCCCAAAUCGACCAGGAGACUCGUAUAAUUUUUGUGGGGCCCGUGCCUAUGGAGUGGUUGGUAGCUAAUAAGAAGACAUACGGGUCCUGGGGCAAAAUGAAAUCAUUAUUUCCAAAAGUUUAUUCGCGAUUAUGGACUGACCAAGGAAGUCAGGCAGCUGCCAACGAUGAUGUUAGAAAGAUUACGAAUGCUGCAGUUGCUGCAGCUGCCAAUAGAAUGGCUGCUGAGCAGCAAAAUGGUAAUCCUGUAGAGGGGGUAGCUACUUCAUCUGGUAGUAUUCCAAAUACAGGUGGACCCCUUGUUGCUGGUCCUGAAGGUGUCAUUCGAGCUAUUGAUGACCUUGUUAUAGCACCAAGAAUCAGUGUAGACUCCACUGAUCCAAUGACCAGCUUCGAUGCCGUUUCUGACGACGACGCAUGGAUUAGUACUGACGACCGACCAGACCUUGUGCCGAAUCAUUCAUCGGAUCUUGUACCUCAGCGGUACGUGGCAGCUGACGAUCUGGUCUCUUUAAAUCUGGACUCCUCUUCGAUAGCAGAACACGUAUUGGAAAAUGAGGAUCCUGAACCUGAAGAGGAGCCCGGUGAGAAUGAGGAAAGUUCAUAUCCACAUGCAGACAGAACAGAUGAUCUUAUGCUAUCACGUUACCUGACAACUGAAGGAGCUACGUCCACUCUUCGUACUUUACCAGCUGCUAGUGAUGAAUAUCCUUAUAAUUCAGGUUCUCAAAAUUCAUCUCAACAAUCGCUUAGUCGUGGGUCACAUUUUUACUCUAACACUAGAAGUUCUCGGAAUGAAAAUGUCUCCCAUGAUGGCGAUUCGCCGUUAGCUUCCUACGGCAACGGCCCGACUGGCAUAAUUAGCGAUGACGACUCAAGAAUGUCGCCAUCACCACGAUCGACGAGCCAUCUUUUAGGGGAUACAUCACGACCACCUAGUCAACUUGACUUAUCAAGUUCGCAUUCAAAAACCUUCCAGCCUGCUCUUGUGUAUAAAACUACACCCCAUACGAACUCAGCAUCUGAACCAACGCCGUUAUUCACUGCUACCGAUUCUUCUGUCUCCACAAUGGGAUCGAUGCAGUCUUAUUUCACUGCCAGAGAGUCUGUUGUUAGUACCGGUAGAUCCGAUUCUGAAUCUUCGCGUAAUAACUCGUACUUCCCACCCCAGGAUGACUAUAUUGCAUCUAAUGCAGCUGACUCUGUACAAUCGAACGGCUCCACGGAUGACUCGUCCACAUCGACAGUAAAACCCAAUAAACCCCACGAGCAUUCUUUAUCUGGCACUGUCCCUCUUGCUGCUGAGACAUCUACAGCAACAGCUGUUAAUCAGAUUGUUAGUCCUAGUGCGAAGUCGUAUCUGGCUGAUAUUCUAGAACGUGAUGUUGCUGCUUUGAAGAAAAAGCAGACCUCCGAGGAAAAUAAAAAUGCCCAACAAAAACAAGCUAAAAAGGCUACUUCGGUCAGAGCACCGACUUCAAAACUUUCAAAUACUAUUCAGAAGGCAAAAAAGAAGCCUGCUAAUGCGGGCAGAAGAGUAAAACAAAAGUACCAGAAGCAUAAGCACUCGUUCAUGGUUAGUACUGACAAGUUGCUAAAAAGAAAAAGAGUAGGAGAAGUUGUCAUGAUUGAAAAGCUGCUGGUAUUAGUUAAGGCUGCUCCUGAAGAUAGAAGGAUCCCCUCUGAUUUCAAUGAAAUGGAACAGAUUGAUACGAGACUGGUGCAAAGAUGGAGAGAAUAUGUAGUUGUGGCCCGUAAGAGCGACAGUAGUGAAUCUCCCAUUGACCUGCAAUUUUACAAAUCAAGGCAAAUUUCGAAAAUUGAAACCCACGACCAGCAGCACAAGCGAAAAAGUGAUAAGCCUGAUUUUUCGGUUGGUGUAGGAAGUCAUUGUGAAGUUAAUUUGUAUUCAUCUUUGGAUAAAUCAAUUGUACUUUGGAAUAGAACAUCUCUUGGCGUUGAACCGUCCAAGAAAAAAGACAGCAUGAUUUAUAUAUUGCGUGCGAGAUCUGAUGCAUCUGCGUUGAAUUGGCUCUCGUUCCUAGCUUCUAUCGUGGGGAUUUGCGCUGAGAGUUUAAUCACUGUGAAAGUCCCGGAUUUAGGUGUAACUAUAGAUGUUGAGAUUCCUUUCCAGGAUAUAGAGACGAUUCGGAGGUUUGAAGACCGGUCUCAGCUUGUUUCGCUAAAACAUAUGAUGAAGCAUUCCUCGCACCCAAGUUGGAUGGGGACAUAUAUUGUAGAGAAAUGUCUCGAUGCCAUGUACCAAGUGGAGCCGAUAAGAAAACAAUUGGAUCAGAACUGGCGUGGAAUUGUCAAGGCUGGUUUGGUUUGGAGACGGUAUGAUCGAUUGGAGUGGAUGUUUGACCUUCGCGGGGCUCAGAUGCAGUCGAGCUGGGCCAUGAUGAAGACACACCAUGAGCUAGAGUUACGACCAAAGGUACCGUUCUCGCUACCCAUCAUGAUACAAGGGAACCCUACGCCAUUGGCGGAACCAUUUCCUAUUGAAGGUUUUGUAACGAGAUUAACGACAUGGAGGGGAGAAGUGCGUAAACAGAAGUUGUUGAACAGGUCAUACUUUCACACGCAUGAUAACUUACUUUUCUAUGCGUUGCCGAUAAGAGCUCUUCCACCGUAUGUGGGCAGCGACACGAAGGAUAUCCCCCUUAUUUGUGAGAUUGCUCCAUAUAAAACAGACUCGCACGGUCGUAUAGAAUGGUUAAACCAUAUCAAGAAUGUGGAGGAGUUUGAUCAGUAUGAUUUGAUAGCUCAGUUCGAAAUGAAGAGAAGAAUUGCAUCCAUUUCUAGAUCGGAUGGUUUUGUAGAUUUGAUUGAAUUAAGAGACAUACGACCCGAAGAUGACGAUAAGGUUGUGCUUGUAUUCAAAUCAGGGACAAUUUUGCGGUUUCAAGUACAUGAUCUCGAAACACGAAACAUGUGGCUCAAGCAAUUGCAUGAUUUGAUGAUAUAUUGGAAAUAUCGUCGUCGUGAAAGGAUGAUUCGGACUAAUGCCAUACGACAACAGAAUCUAGACAUCUUACAUAUUGAUGAGGAUGCUGAAGCAUUUGUCGGUGAGGCCGCUGCAAAAUGGGAGACUGAUAGAGGAGUGGCGGACCCGUUGACCUACAAUAUUGCUGGCAUCGCCUGUAGUCGGAGCUUGUACAUGAAUGGUAUUCUGUUUCAAAAGCCAACUAAAUUUUCAACAUUUAGAAAAUAUUACGUGGUUCUGACGCUUACGGAUCUAAUUUUGUACUUGCCGUCUCCAUCAUCUGUACACUGGACCGAAGGUGGCUAUUGUUUAACUGAGCGUCUUAAAAGCACUUACACACGGGUUAACAAUUAUCGAGUACAGAGUGUAUCGCUAUCUGAGUGCUAUGUCUAUUCUGGUCCGGUGACUUCAUCAGAUCUUCUAAAUCGGGAAAAUACCUUCGAUAAAGAAAAUCCAGGUAGACACGCGCUGCCUCGUGCAUACGCCGACGGUUGGAAGUCAGCUGAAGAGGAGUCGUUACGAUGUUUUGUUCUAUGGUUUGGUAAGAAAAGCUAUGCUCCUACGAGUCGAAAAGACAAGAAGCUAUCGUUCAAGACGGUCAAUCGACUCGGGGCAGGUGGCACAUCCAUGGUAUUUAUGGCAAGAUCGCGACAUGAUCGAGAUCUUUGGGUAACUGCUCUUAACACAGUGAUGAGUAGACUUGCAGUCGAUUCGCACGAAGACAUUGUUGUAACUUAG